GCCACACAGGAAAAGUGGAAGUGUUUAUUUUCCAAGGGCCUUGAUAUCUCUGAUAACCUGUGGGUGGAAAGUUCCUUCCUUCUCUGUGGUCAGUCACCCUGCCUCUCUUCAUUCCUGGGCUAGGUCAGUAGGACGACUUCUCAGUCCUGUGACAUUGAAGCCUAUGACCCUCGAACUGAUCAAGUUUUCUGUCUCUGGAGCCUAGGACCUUUCACUGCGUGAUGCUGUGGGCACAGCUGCUGCCCCUGCUGUGGGCAGGGUCCCUGGCCACGGAGAAUUAUGAGCUCUCAUUGACUGAAUCAGUGACAGUGCAGGAGGGUCUGUGCGUCUUUGUACCCUGCCAAGUCAAGUACCCUGCUUCCGGGGGUUCUGUUUUUGGCUACUGGUUCCGGGCCGGGGCCAACACAAACCUCGACUCUCCAGUGGCUACAAAUGACCCACAUCGACCAGUACAGCAGGAAACUCAAGGUCGAUUCUAUCUCGUGGGGGGCAUAGAUACUAAUAAUUGCUCCCUGGACAUCAGAGACGCACGGAAAAGUGACACAGGAAAGUACUUCUUCAGGUUGGAUGGAAGUGUGAAAUACAGUUUCCAAAAGCCGAUGCUCUCUGUGCGUGUGAAAGCUCUGACUAAGACCCCUAACCUCCAAGUCACACGUACCCUGUUGUCUGGCACUUCUACCCGAGUGAUCUGUUCUGUGCCCUGGGCCUGUGAGCAGGGGACACCCCCCAUCUUUUCCUGGAUGUCAUCUGCCCUCACUUCCCUGGGCCGCAGAACCAUCCUCUCCUCAGAGCUGAACCUCACACCUAGGCCUCAGGACAACGGCACCAACCUCAUCUGUCAGGUGACCUUCCCUGGUGCUGGUGUUACUGUAGAGAGGACUCAACAGCUCAGUGUCAUCUAUGCUCCACAGAAGCUGACCAUCACGGUGUCCUGGGGAGAUGGCACAGAAACUAAAGUCCUGCAGAGCGGAGCAUCUCUGCAGAUCCAAGAGGGUGAGUCCCUGUGCCUGGUCUGUGUGGUGGACAGCAACCCCUCUGCCAUGCUGAGCUGGAAGCAGACCCAGAAGAACUUCCCGCUCUCUAAGGGUGAUGAACUUCAACUGCCACGGGUGGAGUUGGAGGACCAGGGAAAAUACAUCUGCCAGGCUAAGAACAGUCUGGGUACUCAGGCAGCCUCUGUGAGCCUCAGCAUAAGGAGCCUUCUACAGCUGCUGGCACCCUCCUGCUCCUGGGAUUCUGAGGGUCUGCACUGCAGCUGCUCCUCCAGAGCCUGGCCUGCCCCGUCCCUGGGCUGGCGGCUGGGGGAGGGGCUGCUGGAGGGAAACAGCAGCAAUGCCUCCUUCACAGUUAUGUCCAGCUCUGCAGGACCGUGGGUCAACAGCUCCCUGAGCCUCGGUGCGGAAUUCAGCACUGACCACAGACUCAGCUGUGAAGCUUGGAAUGACUAUGGAGUUCAGAGAGCCACUAUCGUGCUGGUUCCAGGACAAGGCGUCUCUCAGGCAGACAAAUCAGAAACCAGUGGAGGAGCGGUUCAGGGGGCCAUCUGGGGAGCUGGUCUUAUGGCUUUGCUUGCUGUCUCCUUCUGCCUCAUCUUCUUCAUAGUGAAGUUCCUCAGGAAGAAAUCAGCGUUGGAAGUAGCAGGCAUGGAAGGCAACCACCUUGCCAAGAACCUUGUCUCCACCAUAAAUAGUGCAAGCAUGAUUUCGUCCAACAUUCCAUUGAGAUACCCCAUCCAGGGUCAUCUGAAUGAAUCAGAGUCACAAACCCAGAAAGAAGAGCCACCUCUUGCCACAGCCCCAGACAUCCCAAAGGAUGAGCCCGAACUUCACUAUGCCUCCCUCUCGUUCCAAGGUCCGAGGCCCCAGCAGCCAAAGAACACGGAGACCAUCAAGUCUGUUUACACAGAGAUCAAGAUCCACAAGUGCUGAAGCUCCUUGCCCCAUGUGUCAGUCACAGUGCUGGCUGGAGUCCCAGAAAGGCAUGGCUGAAGAUAGCAUGUGUUAGGAGCAUAUUCUGGCAUCAGUGGCCCUCUUAACCAAAGGAUAUGUAGUGGGAGGAGGGAGUUUUGGAAGGAGAGAAGGUUACAGAGAUUCCUAGGUUCAAAUCCACAUUCAGUGUUAUUCCCAGAGAAGCCACCUUUUUUCUUUGUGCCCCCUCUUCCUCCUCUGUAAAGUGGAGUCAUAAUCUGAGGAGUACCAAGGAGAGAAUGUGUUUAUUGUUGAUUACAUUGCUUUAUGUUGCCUGAGCAGUGGGGAAGAACAUUUUGUCUUUAUUGCAUAACUUGAAUUUUACUUGUAUAUUUUUAAAGAACAUAUGUUAGUUCCUAAGGUUAUUCUGUUUUGAAGUGUGACUGUGUUGUAGCUACCUGUAUCUCAGAUUGGACUCAUUGGAUAUUCUGCAAACCCUUAAAGAUCAUACAGAUAUCAGCCCAGACGACUAUACCCAGUAAAAUUAACAAUCAUGGGGCAUAAAGCUAAUAUAUAAAGAUCUCCCACAAAUCAAUAAAAGUGACAGACAAUUCAAUACAAAA